AAUCACCGACACUAGUCUUUAACAGACACAUCAAAACUAACCAAAAAAUUUUGGAAAUAUAAAUUUUAAAUAUUUACUCGAAAUCACACGAAGUUACCGUUCGCAAAAAUUCCAGUCAAGUUCGCCCACACUUAUUUCGGUUCCCGUCCAUGGAUUGUUUUCAGUUUUGACACAUGACAGUGACAAGAAGAUAUUGUAAAUUUUUGCACAAUUGAACUUAUAAACGCUGAUGUGCAUGGUGGUGACAUGUUAAAAAUGUCAUAUUUGGCUCUGGUCCUGCUCGUUUCGGUGCAUAAUGUUUUGUUGGGAAACGCACAAAGGACAAAAGAUAAAAUGUACGAGCCAAUCGAAAGCAAGAUGGGAUGCUUCAGGCGGAUGAACGCCACGCAUCAAGUAGGGUGCUCCUCUAAAAGAGGCGGUUCUGUGGGGGUGGUUCAUAUCUGUGAUACGGUAGGCGAUUUAGAUUUUAUUUUAAAGAACGGCUCAGCUUGGCCCUACAUACCAGUCCUGCCAUACGAGUUAUUCAAUGCUGACUUACUGAAUAAACUGGUAACGAGCCAGAAAGUGGCCGGGGCGCUCGUUUAUCCGAGUAACAUGACGGCCGAAUAUUUCAGCCAUGAAAAAAAGUGUCCCAACGAGAGGUACAGUUUGCCGGGUACUUGCAACGCAGACGGCUGGAACCCUUGGGGUACCGGGUUGCUUUACGCCGACAUACCCUUCCCAAUGUUUUACAUCGAGGAUUAUUCGCAAAUUAUCAAAAUUAGAGAUUGUUUCCGGAAGUUUAACAACUUUUCUUACUCGACACAAAGGGAUCGGUCUAUGUGUUCGCUGGAGUUGAAUGCUUUUAUGUUUGCUACUACCGAUACUCGGACCUGUCAAAGGCGUUCAAAUAAGGUCACCAAUUUAAAUCCUGUAAAGUUAUGUGACCCCCUGGGCGAUGAUAGUAUUUGGGGAUCCCUGUUUCCUCUAGUGGAGGGCCCCGACAAUAACACAAAGCCUUUUAACGAUCAAGAGUAUAUUAUAGUAUCCGCAAGGCUUGAUACGACAUCCCUUUUUGACAAGACAGCGGGGGCGGAAAGUCCAGUCACCGGCAUCGUGUCGGUGCUGACCAUUGCUAAACUACUCAAGCAGAUGUUACCCAGCAGAUUUGAAAAUGUGAAGAAAAACGUCUUGUUUGUGUUUCUAAAUGGGGAAUCUUACGAUUACAUUGGGUCCCAGAGACUCCUCUACGACAUGGAGUCUGGGUCGUUCCCGAAUGAUGAGCCGGACAAUAACGUCCUACCGAAAAUUCGUCCGGAAAAUGUCUCGUUAUUCAUAGAACUGUCGCAGUUGGGCAUGGGUUCGAAGACUUACGUUCACUACUUAAGCCGCACAAACUCUAAAGUGACCAAAUUUAUAAACUCGUUAGGUUCUAAUAAUAUGGCGAGCGUUCCCGUGGUCUCGGUGCCCGAUAGCCUGCCUCCGUCAUCCCUCCACACUUUCCUUACUAACGACGCUAUCAAAUCAGGACUCUUGGUCACGAACCACCAAAAAGAAUAUCGAAAUCACUAUUACAACUCUCUGUACGACAACGCUUCGAAUAUCUUGUACGAGUAUCAAAAUGGUAGCGAAAUCCUCGAAGAUAGCAUUCAGAGGUAUGUCGGGGAUGUGGCCUGGACCGUGGCGAAGAGCAUCUACGAGGAGGUCACCGAUCGGAACUACACGGGAGACGCGGCGGUCGACUAUACUUUGGUGGACGAACUGUUCUAUUGCUAUUUGGAAAACGCUAGCUGCAAGGUGCACAAGGCCGUGCAAAAGGUUCCAAAAGGUAAACAAGUGUACAGCCUUUACGUGGGUGUAGACGUCUCCUCCAAUUUGGUCACCAGCUUGGUCGCGUUGACGUUGGCGUGGUUCACGGGCGACGUCGUUGGAGCCGGAGGCCCGGACUGCACCAACCGGACUAAACAUUACGCUUUCCGCUACUACAGUAUGGCCGAAAGCAUCAACAACGCCACCCCGUUGUGCUACAAGGCUUCAGUCAACACAACCGAAGCCGUGAGUCCGGCGUUUAUCAUUGAUGACUACGACUGGUCGUCGAACAAAUACAGCUCGUGGUCGGAGUCCACGUGGCAGGAGAUGAGCGUGCGCAUGUUCCUGAAACCGUCUUCCGCGCACGAAAACAUGACGAUAGCGGUCGGAUCGAUGACCUUGAUAUUAUCGUUCGUCCUCGUGUACUUCGUCAAGACGAGGUCGCGCGUGUUGUUCGCUCCGUCGCUGCCCGCGGAAGCGCCCGCCGACUGUUAACGGUAGUUCAAAUGUCCCGUCCGGUUUGAGGGUAACGAAGGCGCUUCCCCAUUCCACCGCACGUCACCGACCCACGUCAGCUCCAUUUCCUUAAUCGCUAGUAGGAUGAAAUCCGGGAAUAUUUCGGGAAUUUUGGUGCACUGAACCGGAAAUUUUAUACC